AUGGCUGCGUUGUGUUGGAGCCAGAAGCCAACUGUAGACCGUGACUUAGCACUUCGUGUUCUUGUGGAUCGCCGACUCGAGUUUCAACAAGGUAUGCUUGCAGCUUAUGUUGAUCUCAAGAACGCUUUCGACUCAGUACACCGGGAGAGUCUUUGGAGCCUACUGGGUCUCCGUGGGUUCCCCCCUGGAAUUAUUGGUUUGUUGUCUGGACUGUAUACAGAUACCGAGAGUGUUGUCAAGUGUGGGUCGGAGGUAUCUCUGCCUUUUCCCGGUGUCUGCUGGGGUGAGACUAGGAUGUGUCCUGCCCCAUUCCUUUUCAAUACUUGUAUGGACUGGAUACUUAGCCGUGUCAUUGACUGUAGUUCCUGUGGGGCAUCAAUCAGUGAUUCUAGCAGACACAUUGAAGGUCCUAGGAAUAGCUCUCUAGGCGAUGCAUGA